AUGGACACGUGUAUGGAUUUAAUCAAAUCUCAUCGCAAUCAUCAAUGCCUGCGCAAUCUUGUCACUGGAGACGAGAAGUGGAUGCUUUAUGUUAAACAUACGCGCCGACGGCAAUGGCUUACCAGUGGUGAAAUUGGAGUGGCAACACCCAGAAUGGACAUACAUCCCAAAAAGGUGAUGUUGAGUGUCUGGUGGGGCGUGCGAGGAAUCAUCCAUUGGGAACUUCUUCCUAAUGGUUACACAAUCACAGCUAAUCUCUAUUGUGAACAAUUGGAUCGUGUUGUCCAAAAACUCAAAGAAAAACAAGAUCGAAUUUACUUCCUCCACGACAACGCGAGACCACAUGUGGCAAAGUCGACUCGUGAAAAAUUAUUGCAGCUUGGUUGGAUUACCAUACCCCACCCACCCUAUUCACCGGAUUUAGCUCCCACUGACUAUCAUUUGUUUCGCUCUCUAUCUAAUUACCUGAGCGAGAAAAGGUUCGCCGACGAGAACGACCUAAAACCCGCUCUCGCAACUUUUUUCGAUCAGAAGUCCCCGGACUUCUAUGAACAGGGGAUCCUUUGUUUACCAGAUCGUUGGCGUCAAGUUAUAGAAACAGAUGGUGCAUAA